ACCCGAUUCACUCUUUUCUUUUCUUCUUCUUUCUCACUGUAAGCUCUCUCACAAGCUCUCAGCUAUGGCUCCUCUCAAAAUUCUCCUCUGUGGUGAUGUACUCGGCCGUCUCAAUCAGCUAUUCAAACGCGUUUCUUCGGUGAACAAGGCAGCUGGUCCAUUUGAUGCUCUUCUUUGCGUAGGCCAAUUUUUUCCUGAUUCGGUAGAGGGGAUUGAGGAAUUCACUGGCUACAUUGAGGGGCGUUCCAAGAUUCCGAUGCCAACCUAUUUCAUUGGUGAUUAUGGUGCAGGGUCCCCAAAAAUAUUGUCAGAAGCAUUGAAGGACCCGAGUAACAAAGGGUUUAAGAUGGAGGGUUUAAGAGUCUGUGACAAUUUGUACUGGUUGAAAGGAAGUGGGAAGUUUAGCCUUCAUGGGUUAUCUGUGGCAUACUUAUCUGGUAGGCGAACUCCAAGUGGAACUCAAUUUGGAACAUAUAGUCAAGAUGAUGUUGAUGCUUUGAGGGCUUUAGCAGAGGAUCCAGGAACAGUAGACAUCUUUCUGACUAAUGAGUGGCCCAGUGGAGUAACAAAUGGAACGACAUCAAAAGCUCUUGUAGAAAUUUCUGAUUCAUCUGGGAGUGAUCCCACAGUGUCAGAGUUGGUAACUGAGAUUAAGCCUCGGUAUCAUGUUGCAGGAACUGUGGGUGUAUACUUUGAUCGUGAACCAUAUGCUAACAUUGAUGCUCUACACGCAACUCGCUUUUUGGGCUUAGCUCCUGUUGGAAACAAAGAUAAACAGAAAUUCAUUCAUGCGAUAUCCCCCACUCCAGCAUCAACAAUGUCAAAAACUGAGCUUAGUGCAAAGCCACCAAACACUACUUUAUGUCCAUAUACAAAUGUUGACAAAGCAGCACCACCCGAUGGAGCGACAAAGAGGCCUGGUGAUAGUACUUCUGAGUCACAGUAUUGGAGGUAUGAUGUAUCCAAGAAAAAGCAGAAACAUGGAGAUGGUGGUGGUGACAGACUCUGCUUUAAAUUUGUCUCUUCUGGCUCUUGUCCAAGAGGAAACCAGUGCCAAUUUAGACAUGAUGAAGAAGCUUCAGAACAAUACUCAAGAGGUGUGUGUUUUGACUUUCUCAACAAGGGAAAAUGUGAAAAAGGUCCUGAUUGCAACUUCAAGCACAGUUUGCAGGAAGAAGGUGACAGAUCAGCAUCUAGGGCAGCAAGCUCUAACAGGUCAAAAGAAUGCUGGUUUUGUUUGUCAAGCCCGAACGUUGAGUCACAUCUCAUCACUAGUGUCGGAGAAUAUUACUACUGUGCACUUGCUAAAGGACCUUUAACACCUGAUCAUGUGCUAAUUAUGCCAAUUGAACAUACACCCAAUACGUUAUCUCUGCCACUGGAAUGUGAGAAGGAACUGGAACGACUUCAAAGCAGCUUCAAAGCUUACUUCAAAAAGCAAGGGAAGGAAGCAGUUUUCUUUGAGUGGGUAUUUAAGCGAGGAAGUCAUGCCAAUCUUCAGGUUGUUCCUAUUCCCUCGUCCAGGGCAUCUGCGGUUCGAGAUAUUUUUAACUUGGCUGCUGACAAAUUGGGAUUCAAGCUUACUAUGGUUAAAGAAGGAAGACAAGCAUUGCGGACACAGUUCGACAGAAGUUGCAGCUUAUUUUAUGUUGAAGUUCCUGGAGGUGAUAUUUUGUCACAUGUUAUUGAGGAGAAUGAAAAAUUCCCAGCUCAAUUUGGUCGGGAGGUUUUAGCAGGCUUGUUGAAUAUAGCAGAUAGAGCUGAUUGGCGAAAUUGUAAGGUUGGUAAAGAAGAAGAAACUAAAAUGGUUGAGAGAUUCAAGAACGGCUUUCAAGAAUACGAUCCAAAUCAAUAGGAUAGCCGAGAAAUAUGCAACACUAUAGCGAGCUCUUUCUCUCGUGUUCUUCAUUUCAUGCAACUUCAACAUUUCCUUGAGGUUCUCUUUGCUCCCGGCUUCUAUCUAACUGCAAGUAUCUGCAAAUUCUUUACGUGCAUGUGUUCGUGUUAUGCUUGAACAGUCUCUAUAUGAUUUUCUGAAAACACUGUUGUCGUGUAACAGGAUGCUGUUGUAAACGCCUAACCGGGCAGCAACAACGUUGCUGCAAUUUUCAUGUAUGUACUCAGUCUGUCAGUUAGGCUAUUGAGGUAGUUGUUCGUGUAUGAGCUUGUCAGUUUUCUUCAACUAUCUGUUUUGAUAUAACGUAAUACACAAUUGUAACUUCUUUUUUCCUGAAGCAAUUGUAACUUUAUUGUCCACUGAAUUGUUUUUUCUUUGUUAAAAAUAUUUGGAUCCUUUAUGAAUUGCAACUGUGAGUUUAUUA